GGAAGUCUAGAGCGCACAGCAGGAGCCAGUCAGUCAGACCAGUUAGUAUCAUGUUCACUGCUUGCACCGGGGGCCGAUGGUGCUGUUUCCUGUUGCUACCACCGGUGUGGUUUGCCAUCGUUAACCAGCACCACCUGUGGGCGGUUGGUGCGGCGUUCGAUUACUGUGCCGCCUCGAAGGACCUCUGUCAGGUGGACGGGGCGCGCCAUGUUGUCUGCAAUGGGCGCAAUUUUUCUACCGUUUGUCAUCAGCCGAAGCUUAUUAAGAUGACCGAACGCUACCGGGAGCAAGUGCUGAAGUUUCACAACCGACUACGGAACAAUUUGGCGUGCGGUUACUUCCGACGCUACGCCGAAGCCAGCUCGAUGGAGCAGUUGGAAUGGAGCCCCAAGUUGGCGCGCAUGGCCGAGUACAACGCCCGGACGUGCACAUUCGCUCACGACGAGUGCCGAAAUACACGAAAGUUGCGUGCGGUUGGCCAAAACCUGGCCAUCAACUGGUUCCACGGGGUCAACGUGAGCGUAACGCAGGCCAUCGACAGCUUCCAGCGACACUGGUACCAAGAGUACGAGAAGGGCCACCAGAAGCUACUCAAUCGGUACACGCAACACUCGAUCCAUGCCGGUAUCGGCCACUUCACGCAGAUGAUACACGCCGACACGCAAUCCGUCGGCUGUGCCAUGGUUCGCUUCGCUGGCACAAAGCAGGGAGUGACCGUGACGCAGUACUAUCUCGUGUGUAACUACUCCGAAGGUAACCUGUACGAAAGGCCCGUCUACCGGAAAGGCAAACGGUGCAGCAAGUGCAAGUACGGUUGCUCCGCUGACGGUGCCUACAAAUGCUUGUGUCGGAAGCAAUAGUAGUAGGCAGGUGGCCACACUAAUCCCUCGAAACCACUUCAUCGUUGC